CUGUGACGACUGGGGAACACAGAGCCCCUCCACACUAGAAGCUGCCCCACUCAGCCAGGCCCCUCUUCUCCUCCAGGUCACCCAGGUCCCUUCAGGAUGAAAGCUGUGGUGCUGACCGUGGCCGUGCUCUUCCUCACGGGGAGCCAGGCUCGGCAUUUCUGGCAGGGAGAUGAACCCCAGUCAUCUUGGGAUAGAGUGAAGGAUUUGGCCACCGUGUACGUGGACGCAGUCAAAGACAGCGGCAGAGAAUAUGUGGCCCAGUUUGAAGCCUCCGCCUUGGGAAAACAGCUGAACCUGAAACUCCUGGACAACUGGGACAGCUUGGGCACCACCCUCGGCAAGCUGCGCGAACAGUUAGGCCCGGUCACCCAGGACUUCUGGGAUAAACUGGAAAAGGACACAGAAGGGCUGCGGCAGGAGCUGAACAAGGAUCUGGAGCUGGUGAAGCAGAAGGUGCAGCCCUACCUGGACGAUUUCCAGAAGAAGUGGCAGGAGGAAGUGGAGGUCUACCGCCAGAAGGUGGCGCCGCUGAGCGACGAGUUCCGCGAGGGCGCGCGCCAGAAGUGGCAGGAGCUGCACGAGAAGCUGACCCCGCUGGCCGAGGAGUUGCGCGACCGGCUGCGCACCCACGUGGAAUCGCUGCGCGUGAACCUGGCGCCCUUCAGCGAGGAGCUGCGCCAGCGCCUGGCCUCCCGGCUGCAGGCGCUCAAGGACGACGGCGGCGCCAGCCUGGCCGAGUACCACUCCAAGGCCAGCGAGCAUCUGAAGGCGCUCAGCGAGAAGGCCCACCCCGCGCUGGAGGACCUGCGCCAGGGCCUGCUGCCCGUGUUGGAGAGCCUCAAGGCCAGCUUCCUGGCUGCCGUCCAUGAGGCCUCCAAGCAGCUGACUCCCCAGUGAGACGACCAUGGCCACUGGGACUCCUCCCAGCCCGGACCCGAGGGCCUCUCUCCUUGGGUUCCCCUUUCCAUCGGUUUCUUAGAAUAAAUGUUUCCAAAGUGGGAUGUAUGUGUUGGGUUGUAUGUUUUGUGAAGCUUCAGUUAUGAUUUUUAAACAAUAAAAAGUUCUCAAAAUAAA